UCCAUACGAUUUUUUGGAACGUGGUCCCCGAGCCAGGCUCUGAGGACUUCUAAUCUCUUCAUAGCCAGGGAGGGGAAGUAACAAGAGCGGAGGACCAAUCUCCGCUCCCAGCCGCAGAGUUAGUCCCCAUCCCUCCAGGGCGCCCAUCCCGGUGCCUAUUCUCCCAACUCCCCACCCAGUUGAUGUGACAGGCUCGUGGCCCAAUCCCCUUCCUGGUUCCCAGCUGACUGCUAGCACCACCGGAGCCAAUGGCGGCGGCCGAGGGGCGGAGGGGGCUGGCAGGAGGGGAGGGAGCGCUGGCUUUAGAACCACAGCCGCAAAAAUUCCGAGCGGCAGAAGUUGUCUGAGUGCGUCGGUUGGAGGCUGUCUGGCCAGAUCUGGUACUCUGCGACUUUAUAUCUUUAAAUGGAUGAGAUGGCUACCACUCAGAUUUCCAAAGAUGAGCUUGAUGAACUCAAAGAGGCCUUUGCAAAAGUCGAUCUCAACAGCAAUGGAUUCAUCUGUGACUAUGAACUUCAUGAGCUUUUCAAGGAAGCUAAUAUGCCAUUACCGGGAUAUAAAGUGAGAGAAAUUAUUCAAAAACUCAUGCUGGAUGGUGACAGGAAUAAAGAUGGGAAGAUAAGUUUUGACGAAUUUGUUUAUAUUUUCCAAGAGGUAAAAAGCAGCGAUAUUGCCAAAACCUUCCGCAAAGCAAUCAAUAGGAAAGAAGGGAUCUGUGCUCUGGGAGGAACUUCAGAGCUGUCCAGUGAAGGAACGCAGCAUUCUUACUCAGAGGAAGAAAAAUAUGCUUUCGUUAACUGGAUAAACAAAGCUUUGGAAAAUGAUCCAGAUUGCCGACAUGUCAUACCAAUGAACCCAAAUACCGAUGACCUGUUCAAAGCUGUUGGUGAUGGAAUUGUGCUUUGUAAAAUGAUCAACCUUUCAGUUCCUGAUACAAUUGAUGAGAGGGCAAUCAACAAGAAGAAACUUACACCCUUCAUCAUUCAGGAAAACUUGAACUUGGCACUGAACUCUGCUUCUGCCAUUGGGUGUCACGUUGUGAAUAUUGGUGCAGAAGAUUUGCGGGCUGGGAAACCUCAUCUGGUUUUGGGACUGCUUUGGCAGAUCAUUAAGAUCGGUUUGUUUGCUGACAUUGAAUUAAGCAGGAAUGAAGCCUUGGCUGCUUUACUUCGAGACGGUGAGACCUUGGAGGAGCUUAUGAAAUUAUCUCCAGAAGAGCUUCUGCUUAGAUGGGCAAACUUUCAUUUGGAAAACUCAGGCUGGCAGAAAAUCAACAAUUUUAGUGCUGACAUCAAGGAUUCCAAAGCCUAUUUUCAUCUUCUCAAUCAAAUUGCACCAAAAGGACAAAAGGAAGGUGAACCACGGAUAGAUAUUAACAUGUCAGGUUUCAAUGAAACAGAUGAUUUGAAGAGAGCCGAGAGCAUGCUUCAACAAGCAGACAAAUUAGGUUGCAGACAGUUUGUUACCCCUGCUGAUGUCGUCAGUGGAAACCCCAAACUGAACUUAGCCUUUGUGGCUAACCUGUUUAAUAAAUACCCGGCACUAACUAAGCCAGAGAACCAGGAUAUUGACUGGACUCUAUUAGAAGGAGAAACUCGUGAAGAAAGAACCUUCCGUAACUGGAUGAACUCUCUUGGUGUUAAUCCCCAUGUAAACCAUCUCUAUGCUGACCUGCAAGAUGCCCUGGUAAUCUUACAGUUAUACGAACGAAUUAAAGUUCCUGUUGACUGGAGUAAGGUGAAUAAACCUCCAUACCCGAAACUUGGAGCCAACAUGAAAAAGCUAGAAAACUGCAACUAUGCUGUUGAAUUAGGGAAGCAUCCUGCCAAAUUCUCCCUGGUUGGCAUUGGAGGGCAAGACCUGAAUGAUGGGAACCAAACCCUGACUUUAGCUCUAGUCUGGCAGCUGAUGAGAAGAUAUACCCUCAAUGUCCUGGAAGAUCUUGGAGACGGUCAGAAAGCUAAUGAUGACAUCAUUGUAAGCUGGGUGAACAGAACAUUGAGUGAAGCUGGAAAAUCAACUUCCAUUCAGAGUUUUAAGGACAAGACGAUCAGCUCCAGUUUGGCAGUUGUGGAUUUAAUUGAUGCCAUCCAGCCAGGCUGCAUAAACUAUGACCUUGUUAAGAGCGGCAAUCUAACGGAAGAUGACAAGCACAAUAAUGCCAAGUACGCAGUGUCAAUGGCUAGAAGAAUUGGAGCCAGGGUGUAUGCUCUCCCGGAAGACCUUGUGGAAGUAAAGCCCAAGAUGGUCAUGACUGUGUUUGCAUGCUUGAUGGGCAGGGGAAUGAAGAGAGUGUAAAAUAACCAAUUUGAAUAAAAACAACCUUGCUCCCAAGUGCAUGAUUAGCAGGUCAGCAAUUUCCAGGUGAAGUGCUCAUGGCUUAAGGAACCAUUGGUUAUUUAAAGGACUUUUAACAAGACUAAGCUCAUCAUGGGAGCCCUCAGGGGAAAGAGUUUUAAUAACAACUCCUCUUUCCCGUAGUCAAGGUGGAUUUGUCAUGCCCACCUGAAAUGUGCUCGUAGCCAAAUCAUUUACUCGCUCCUCCUAGAUCGCUGCCCUUGACGUUUCCCAUUGCUGUACGUAUUUCUCUCUGUUUCUGUUUCCCUCUUAGGAUGUCCACCUCCUGGGACUUGCUUAGAUGAUUGGAUAUGAAUAUUAUUAGGCAAUAAUUCUGCUUUUCAUCCAGUAUGCUAGUUCUUAUUCAAGAACUGUGGUCAGAGGGUAUUUGGAUAUGAGUAUCCUUCGCUUAUCUCUCUAGUACUGAAAAUUUACAGAAGUAACUGGCUGUGUAGAAUGUAAUAGAAGCUUUUCAUAUUCGUUUAUUCUUAAAAAUCAGUAUCUUUUUACAGUAUUCUUUCUACAUGAUCCUUUUUUGUACAUUUAAGAAUAUUUUGAUUACAUUAAAUAAGACUGCUGAUUUUGCUACUUUUUUUAAGGGGUCUUCAAGUAAGUAAAAAACAUACAUUAUAGGUAGAAGAAAAAUGUACCUUGAAUUUCCAUCUUCCCUCUCACACCGAAGCUGUAAACAAUUGACAUAUUUUGUCUUAAAACACUUGGUUCAAUAUAUGCUUAUUUGUUUUAAAACCUGUAUCAUCAAACUCUCUCUUUAGAUUUAAAGUGCUGUUGAAUAUGACACUUUUGAGGAGAGAGUGGGCUCAGAAUUUAGGCAGGAUACGGUAGGCCAAGUAUGCUAAGUGUAUAAUAAAUUUUCUAAUUUUACACCUAAGACAAGGAGAUGUGGUCACUAAAAAAUAAACAUAUAUGUAGGACUUAAUGUACUCUUGCUUUGUCAAGCUGUUUGCUAUAGUUUUCAAGAUCACAAUGUUACUCUAACUCUGAAAAGUGAUGUAAUCUGGUAGCAAUGUAUUAGUUCAAAUAAAGGCAUUUACAUAAUAA